UGACAGCUUGCUUUAAUGUAAACUCAUUCUUGUGAAGAAGCCUGAGAUCUUGUAUUUGAACGCCAAGAAAAUGCUGUUGUUGAAGAUUUGCAAGCUGCAAAGGCUUUUGCUGAUGUGUAACGAGAGUAUGGACCCACAAGAUACGCCUUUCAAAGUAAUUCAGUCUGGGACAUUGUGGAGGGAGGGGAAAGAUGGAUGCAUUUACCAUGUAGAGGCUGCUAAGCACUGGGUCUGAAAAAUCCAUGUGUCUUUUUGGAUGUGUUUGUGGGGUUUAACGGGAGGGGGUUUCGCUGUGCUGCCCUGUCUGCUCUGCCGCAGUUCGUGCUCACAGGGCGCUUUGGGGAGCGGCGUUCUGCUGUGGUGCCUUGGUAGCGGAGCAGCGGACCUGACCGAAAUGACAGACAGAGGACCGAGCUGCAGGAGCAGCGUGUGAGAUCCAGAAGGCAGCCCAGACCUGGAAACCCCUUACGAGAGCGACAGCGAGCUCUUAUCUGGCUCUCCCAUCGCUCUGCCGCUCCUGGGAACCCGCGCAGCGAUUCCUCGCAGGGCUGGUUGUGCCUUAUCUCGCUCCCAGAUCGGUGAAACUGCGCUGUGGGACAAACAGAGCAAGCGUAGCACGGCUUUCGGAUGGCGCAGCUCCUAGGCUGGGUGCCCAACUCUGGGCUCAGAGUAUUUUGUGAAAAAGUUCUGCAGGGCAGAGGGGUUGAACAGUUGAUCACAUGCAGGAGCACGGGAUAGAUGGAGUACAGCUGACUCAACAACUACAGGGGAUUUCGGAGGGAAACAAUCAAUUCUUGAAGGAGACGAUGUUAUCCAACUUGUGGUAUCAGUCAGCCUGUUCCCACAAUCAUUGCGUUGAUGGAGGAAAAUAUUGGUUUUGCAAUGGAACAGGUAUGGUUCCUGCUCCUGCUGACGAUUAAAGUGCUUCCAGUGAUUGCUCAGUUCAAUGGGUACAACUGUGAUGCUAACCUCCAUAGCAGGUUUCCUGCUGAGCGAGAUAUCAAUGUUUUCUGUGGAGUACAGACAAUUACUAUGAAGAUAAAUUUUUGCACAGUUCUUUUUUCUGGCUAUUCUGAGACAGAUCUGGCUCUGAAUGGGAAACAUGGGGAUGCCCACUGCAGGGGCUUCAUCAAUAACAACACCUUUCCAGCAGUGGUCAUUUUCAUCAUCAAUCUGAGUACUUUGGAAUCUUGUGGAAACACCUUAGUGGUAUCCUCAGCUCGAGGUGUGAAUGCUUAUGGAAAUAUCUCAGUGGUACAGAUAGGUAAUAUUUCAGGCUAUAUUGACACACCAGACCCACCAACGAUUAUCAGCUACUUGCCUGGGCUUCUGUACAAAUUUAGCUGUAGCUACCCACUGGAGUACUUGGUUAACAAUACCCAGCUUGCUUCGUCAUCAGCUGCUAUUUCUGUAAGAGAGAACAAUGGUACAUUUAUCAGCACUUUGAAUUUGUUGCUUUACAAUGAUUCAACCUACAGCCAGCAGCUCCUUAUUCCAAGUACAGGUUUACCUUUGAAAACCAAAAUAUAUGCAGCUGUAAGAGCAACCAACCUUGAUGGCAGGUGGAAUGUUUUGAUGGACUAUUGUUACACCACACCAUCUGGCAACCCCAGUGAUGAUCUUCGAUAUGAUCUUUUCCUCAGCUGUGACAAGGAUCCGCAGACAACCAUAAUUGAGAACGGCAAGAGUCAAAUGGGCCGGUUUUCCUUCGAGGUGUUCCGCUUUGUGAAGCACAAGAACCAGAAGAUGUCCACGGUCUUCCUUCACUGUGUGACGAAGCUGUGCAGAGCAGAUGACUGUCCCUUUCUCGUGCCAGUCUGCAGUAACAGAGAAAGAAGAGACACUGGUGGAAGAACAACCUGGCGCCCUCAGAGCACAUCUGGCAAUGCUGUCAUCUCUGCUGGCCCCAUCAUCACCAGGAGUGAUGAGACACCAACCAACAAUUCACAGCUUGCUCACCCAAAUGGACCUCCUUUCCAGAUGAACACAGUCACCAGUGCACUGAUUUCAGGCAUUGUUGUCCUAGGAAUUUCAAGCAUUUUCUUUUUCGUGUGUUCUCUAACCCUUCUGCACAGAAACUGGCCCAACAGUUCAGUCCUGAGUGGCAUCCGGAACCCAGUUUUCAACUGAAAGUGAUGAUCUGUUUGCACUUUUUGUUUGGGGUUGCCUUUCUCAUCUGUGAAAUAUGAUUCCAUUAAAAAGUAAUCUUAAGGCAACACUCCAGUGGUAUCCAGCUUCUGUUCCAGCUAUCCUGUAUUUGUAGAUUUUCUAGAUGAUGUUGUGUAGGCAAGCAGACGAUAUUGGUAACAAGCCUAGAGAAUGUUGAGAAUCUCAGUUGUGUUUGCAAUCAGACUGCAUGACAUUUGCCCAUGAAUGUGCUGACAGUAGAGCUCAUGUCUUCAUCUGCUCAGUAAGGUCUAAAAGUUGAUGAGGCUGCAGAUGAGAACCUUUCCAAGUAUGCCACUUUAAUACAAAGGCUGACAUAUUCAGAAAAAUUCGUAAGUUGGUAAACACCUAGGAAGGAUAAGGAUAACUUCUCUUUUGUCAUUAAAUUUUUCACAAAAACAAGUGUGUCUCAGGGGGAAUUUGUUUUCAGCUGUCUUGGCUAAAAAUAACCUAAAAGAGGCUUGGAACAAGUGACUUUUACUUAUUUGUAAUUUGAAGGUAUUUUCUUAAAUCUUUCUUCCAUUGCCUCAUGGAGAUGUAUAUCAAGUAUUGCCCAAACUUUCCUCACAGAAAAUUAUUUUUGGAGCACAAUUUGGCAACUGAGUAAAACUCUCACUAAUACACUAAUUGUUAAGGGCGAGUUUUGCCCUGUGAGUUUUUCAGUUCUCAGAUAAAGCUUUCAUUUCCACACAAAGAGUCAUCAAUCAGUGCUUAUUUCUUUAGCAGAUUUUCUGCAUGAGUUAGAUUUUUUUUUCACUGCAAGGAUGAGGAGAAGAGGGCAACUAGAAUGAUGGCAGGCUACAAGCAGUACUGUACUGUUGUCUCUAGUUAAUCUGAUGAACAUCAGACUUACCUGAGCUGAGUGUGAGUGACAGGUGCCCUCAAACAGGAGCAAAGGCAGUGGCUUAGCUGUGUAGAGUAGACAAAAAUACUGGCACUAGAGAGGCCACCAUAGACACAAUAUAUUAAGCUGGACCGGAUAGACAGUUGGGAUUUUGGUCACACAUACAGCAGUUAAAUUUCAUUUUUCAUGUACUGUACAUAUUGGCCUAGAAACACCUCAUUGAUAUUUAUCAUCAUCCUGUGUUAACCAUGUCUGUGUCCUCGCUGACGUGACAGAGCUGGCUAAUGAUCAGGGCUUUUUGGUUCUCAAGGCUAAAGACAAAUACAGUCUUGUUCUCAGUUUUCUCUGAUCCUGCAAAUGCUGUAUAAAGGCCUGUUGUUUGCAAAUUCCACUGUGCUGUAGGGCGGUAUCCCUAACAACCAAUACUGUGCCUGUUUUCCUCCAGUCUUAAUACCUCAGAAACAUUUUUGCACUUCAGGGGUUAGGUCUGAUGACAUGUAAAACACGAUUGUUUAAUAAAAUUAUUUUAAACAUUUCA